AUGGUGGAUGUUGUUGCAUGUCAGUUCUGGUUUGCUGGCUUUGCGAUAUCGCAGGAUAAGAUGGAUGAGAUUUCUGAUGAGAUUGAGGAAAUGACCGAGAAGGUCAAGAAGGAACUCGAAAACCUACAAUAUAGUCUUGUAGACUACCAGAAGAGGAUGCGAGAUUUGAAGCCUUGA